AUGGAGGCAAACCUCUCCAGGCGAACCUCUCCCACCACGGUCCACCUGCGAGCGCGCGAGGUCCGGCAGCUGCUGCACAACAAGUUCGUGGUCAUCAUGGGGGACUCCAUCCAGCGCGCGGUGUACAAGGACCUGGUGCUGCUGCUGCAGAAGGACUGCCUGCUGUCCCCCCACCAGCUGCAGGCCAAGGGCGAGCCGAGCUUCGAGCGGGACACGCUGCUGGAGCGCGGCCGCUGGGGCCACCACCUGGUGCGCUUCUACUUCCUCACCCGGGCCUACUCGGCCUACGCCCGCCAGCUCCUCGACCGGCUCCGGCGGGGCCCCCCGACCCCCGACCUGCUCAUCCUCAACUCCUGCCUCGGGGAUCUGUUCAGGUAUGGCCGCCACUUCCGCAGGCGCUACCCGCAGGACCUGGAGAGCCUCUUCGGGCAUCUGCAACACGCGCUGCCCGAAUCCUGCCUCCUCGUGUGGAACACGGCCAUGCCCGUGGCCGACACCAUCUCGGGGGCGUUUCCCCCGUUCGCAGGUUUCCGCUGCCCCCCUCAUCUGGGGGAAGACGUGAUAGAGGCCAAUUUCUACAGUUCCACCGCGGCGGGCAGAUACGGCUUCGAUGUGCUCGAUCUCCACUUCCACUUCCGACGGGCCGCCCAACACCGGCAGCCAGACGGCGUCCACUGGGACGAGGUGGCCCACCGACACCUCUCCCAGCUGCUGCUGGCCCACGUGGCGGACGCCUGGGGCGUGGUCCUCCGCAGCCCAGACCCUGUAGGCAGGUGGAUCGUGGAUGCCCCCAGUGACAGACAUUCAGACACGAGGGACAGGAGACAGUCCCAGGGCAGAAGAGGUGACCCGCGCCCACUGCCCUUGCCCUGGCACCAACCUGCUGCCCCGCCCUGCCGCUCCCCACGGAGGGCUGAGCCCCCCUAUGGCGCUCAGAUCCCCGUCCAGACCUACCACCACCGCCCUCACCACCGAGACCCACGUUUGCCCUCCAACCCACCACGCCAAGCUCGCCACUGGUGUCCACCCGCGAUGUGCCAGCCACACCCCAGGGACACCACCUCCCUGCGCCAGCCAGAUCACAGGGACGCCCCCUCGAGGCGCCAGCCACACCACAGGGACGCCCCCUCUACCAGCCAUCCUCACCACAGGGACGCCAGCUCCACGCGCCACCUACACCACAGGGACGCCCCCUCCACGCGCCACCUACACCACAGGGACGCCCCCUCCACGCGCCACCCACACCACAGGGACGCCCCCUCCACGCGUCACCCACACCACAGGGACGCCAGCUCGACACGCCAAAUGGACUACCCCAGAGAAGCCAGCGCCAUGUUUUUCUGCGAGUCAAGAUUGGGCCCCAUCCGCAGAAUCUCCAGUGAGAGCCAUGGUCGAAGAAGGGCUCCCCCUUACCCUCCCCGGCAACCUAAUGAGUCCUACGCAUGCCAUCCAAAGUGGUCAGGGCGACGGCCUUAG